ACCCUAGUGUAAGCCCGUCUGUGAACAGAGACUACUGAGACUAGACGCGUAGAUAACAGCUAUCCAAGCUGUUAGGAAAGCCUUGAAAACUAAAUGACUUGCCAUAGAUUAUAGCACUGAUCCUGCCUGCAGCCUCCCUGCAUGGCAAACUUACUGGUCAGUGUUUGAAAGAUCACGCUAAUGUGGUAGUAGUGAGGUCUGAGUUUUUUUUUUAAGAUCUGAAUUACUGUUAAGGUAAUUUCUUACCACCAUGGUGCUCGGAAAGGUGAAGAGCUUCUUUGUGAGCUACGACUGUCUUAAUGACAGCAAUGUCCCCGUUUUCGCCAGUGGGGACUCGGUGUCAGGGAGAGUUAUCAUCGAGGUCACCGGAGAAAUUCGGGUGAAAUCCUUGAACAUCCACGCCAAAGGACUGGCUAAAGUUCGAUGGACUGAAUCUCGUAAUGCUGGAUCCAACACUGCCUAUACGCAAAAUUACACCGAAGAAGUGGAGUAUUUAAACCACAGAGAUAUCCUAAUUGGACACGAUCGAGAUGAUGAGAACCCUGAAGAAGGACUGACAACCCUUCACACCGGAAGACACGAGUACCCGUUCAGCUUCGAACUCCCUCAAACGGCUCUGGCCACCUCUUUCGAGGGGAAGCACGGUAGCGUGCGCUACUGGGUGAAGGCUGAACUGCACAGGCCGUGGUUGCUGCCCAUGAAGGUGAAGAAGGAGUUCACUGUCUUCGAGCACAUCGACAUCAACACUCCACUCCUGCUGUCUCCCCAGGCAGGCACCAAGGACAAGACUCUGUGCUGCUGGUUCUGCACUUCUGGUCCCAUCUCCCUAAGUGCCAAAAUCGAGAGGAGAGGCUACACUCCUGGCGAGUCGAUCCAGAUCUUCGCCGAGAUCGAGAACUGCUCGUCUCGUGUGGUCGUGCCAAAGGCAGCCAUCUACCAAACCCAGACCUUCUAUGCCAAAGGGAAAGUGAAGGAGAUCAAGCAGCUGAUCGCCAACCUGCGUGGAGAGCCUCUGCCCAGCGGGAAGACCGACACCUGGAACGGCAAGAUGCUCAAGAUCCCGCCCGUCUCACCCUCCAUCCUGGACUGCAGCAUCAUCCGGGUGGAGUACUCGCUCAUGGUGUACGUGGACAUCCCGAGAGCCAUCAACCUGUCGCUGAGCCUCCCGCUGGUCAUCGGGACCAUCCCCCUGCACCCGUUUGGCAGCCGCACGUCCUCCGUCAGCAGCCAGUGCAGCAUGGCCAUGAGCUGGCUGGGCAUGGCACUGCCCGAGAGACCAGAAGCUCCCCCCAGCUACUCGGAGUGUAUCAGCCAAGAGCAGAGGCCGAGCCUGGACCUCACGGCGGCGCGCGAGGACCUGGAGGGUCCGCUGUUCGCCUACAUCCAGGAGUUCCGCUUUCAGCCACCGCCGCUGUACUCUGAGAUUGACCCCAAUCCAGAGCCCGGCAGCUGGACCGAGGAGAGGCGUCCGGACUCGUGUCCGUCUCGCUGAAGCGUCCCCUGCCGCCUGUCCAGUGCUGUCAGGCUGUUUUUCCUCCUCGAGACUACGACGCCUCCUCCUCCACCUCCUCCACCUCCACCCCCCGAGCGAGCCCAGCGCGGGCUCAGGGGGCCUCAGAGACCCUGCAGGAGAGGAGACCAGAGCUUCCCCUGCAGAGGCAGCCCAGGAGUCUCCACCCAACCCGAACAAGCCUAUCUUGCCCAAGCCGAACUCGAACCGAAACCUGAACCCAAGGCCCGGGCACCGGGAACCACCACAACCCCGGCCCCUUGGGCCUCCGCUCGGCCAACCCGGCUGGCACCUGAUUAGGCACCUGCUUGCCCAACGGAGGGGACUACCCACUGAUGGUUUAAACUGUGGCACACGCGGAACGACAUAUUAUUACUAUUACUUUACUAUUCAACAUUUUUUUUUGUUGUUGUUGUUGCCUGAGCAAAAACUGAAAGAGAAAAAAACUGUGCCCUUGUCUCCUCCCUCCCUCCUGUUCUCCCGCGUGGUCCUCUCCAGAUCGCCACGGACAACCACCAGGCCUGCGUCGCGAUGCGUUGCGUUGCGCAGGGCAACAAGGGUUGGAGACACUCCUCCUGCCUCUGAGAAACGAUUUUGCACAUCUUGAGUUGUUUUUUUUUUCUUUCUCUUUUUGUUGUCAACGUUGUUGUUGUUAUUGUUGUUUAGCAGCAGGGUUUGUUGUGGUUCACUCCUAAAGCGCCACCAGUUAGUGCAUCCAGCGCCCAUACGCUCUUAGAACAAGACUUCGCGGGGCUUUAGGCCGUAGAGCCCAAGUAGAGGCCGACCGGGUGGCGUAAAAAACGAACGAAAGACAAUACAGAGAACAAAAGAAAAGAAAGGAAGAGAAAAGACGCUCCAGAGAGGAGCGCAAAAAAAGAAGAAGAGAAGAGGCUAUCUCCUUUUUGUUUUGUUGUUGUUUUGAAAUCGACCAGCUGUCAGACUGACUAGUAGCCUCUUCGACAGUUGUUAUUUUUUUUUCUCUAGAAGCUUCCCAGCUGGUCGUGGUUGUGUGUGUGUUUAGUGCAGGAUGUGCAGAGCUGAACUGUAUGGUCAGGGAUCAGAGGGAGGGGGUGAAAAGAGAGAAGGACUCCUUCCUCCUCCUCCUCCUCCUCCUCCUCUUCCUCCUCCUCCUCCUCCUGCUCGAGGGUUGUGGGAUGAGACACAAUCGCGCCCUGUGCCUUUGAGCUGUCCUCGCACACCAUGUUGCCUUUCCACAGAGCUCACACACACACACACACACACGUGCGCAUCACUGUCCCAUCAAUCUCUCUCUCUCUUUCUCUCUCUCUAUCUCUCUCUCAGGUGUUCUGCUCACUUGCCAAACUAUUAAGACGAGAGGUGACACGCUCACCCUUUCUUUCUCUCUUUCUCUCUCUCUCUCUCUCUCUCUCUCUCUCUCUGUCUCGAUCUUAACUGCGCUGUCAGUCAACACAAAAGACAGGAUCGUGAGAGAAGUGUCAGGGAAAACCCUGCACAAAGAUGAUGCGAGAUAUAGAUAUAUAAAAAAACGAAUAAUCAAAACAAAAACAAAAAAAAUAACGAAUGACAUUCCUCUUUUAGUCCUAAUUCUUUCUCUUUACUCGACGAAAUGACUCCUACUGAUAGUCAUGGAUGACGUCGAGUCCACAGUGACCCGGAGAUGAGUUGAACUAGACUGUACCAUUAAAGCACAGUUGAAAUUAAAGCAAAGCGCAGAAUGCGGUCCUCGAUGAGUUCUACAUUAGUUUUUCACACUCAUUCGAUGACGCGCAAGACAAGUUGGAGUUUGGCUUUUUCAGCCUUAACUGUAAUAAGCACUUUUAUUUUGUUAUUGUAAGUUUGAGUGUGUGCGAAAUUAAUCACACCAUCAAAGCAUUGCAACUACGCGGGCAUGAUUUAGUAAAACAAAUUAGGUAGACUUUUGUCUUUUUUGUUCAUUCAUGAAAGUUUACAAGUUGUUUUUUUGUGUUUUUUUCUUUUUUUAUGGUGACCAUGUCUAUGUGCUUUUUUGAUGAACGAAAUGUUACUCAAGACAGUGCAGCUCUCUGUCGAGACGAUCGGAAGAUAAACACAUGCCUGCGUGGCCUUGGCACAAAUCCUUUUCCUCGAUUCAAGUUCUUUGUUGUCAAAGACUACAUGCUUAUCAGCCAGGUUUUUGUUCUCCGGGUUUUCUUGUCAGGCUAUUGCAACUCUCAGUCAAAAAAGGGAAUAAUUAUCGUCUCGAAAAGCAUUUAUUUUGUGGCUGAAGUAGCGUCCUUUUGCGUUUCUCCUCCCGCAGUCUGCACGCAUGCAUGGGUUGCCGACUUGCUCACAGGCAGUUUUGUUGUGACAGAUGCUUCGUUAGCCGUGUGGCUUAGCUUUUUAAGUUACCAUGUUGACUUGCACGCUCCUUAAAAGGUCGAGCAUGAAAAGCGUGAAUGCACUUCUGAAUGAUACAGCUUCAUACACACAGAUAUAUGGCUCCAUACCUGACGAUGACACAAGCUUCUGUUUAUCUUACCUCCCGAGUGUGAAUUAAGCUUAUUCUAAGUUUUAGAAACAAAAAAAGUGCAAUAUUAUUUUAGUAUAUAUAUUUCCACUAUUUGUACAGUUUCAUAUCUUUUUUUUUGUUGUUGUUUUGUUUUUCUGCUUAAUAUUAUUAUCAUAUUUUGUCUGUAUUAUGCCAGUUGAUGAAUGUUUUAUGUUAUAAUUUUGUUCUUGAUCUUCCUUGUGUUCAAAUAAAUAAGCCAUUUUUGAAA